AUUUUAAAAAAGAGUGUAGAUGAACUGAGAAGAGAGUGUCCCGGUUACUCAGCGAAGCCAUGGCAGCGACGAUUCCUUUCUCUCUGCUGAGGAACUGCUCGCCAUUGAAACUGGCAACACCUUUCGCUCGCAGAACCUCCAACUUUAAUCUCCUUCUCCCUCUUCAACCUCGCAGUUGUUACAGGUUGGGCUUUAGUACUCAUGCCACGAACAAUGAAGAGGCCGCAGCAAAAGCAGCUGCUGUUAAUUUUGAUAGUGAAGCUCCUACAAUAUUCGAUAAGAUCAUAAAUAAGGAAAUACCUUCAAGUAUUGUAUACGAGGAUGAAAAGGUUCUAGCAUUUCGAGAUAUUAAUCCACAGGCUCCAGUUCAUGUUCUAGUCAUUCCAAAAUUUAGAGAUGGAUUAACACAACUCGGAAAGGCUGAUAGUAGACAUGGGGAAAUAUUGGGUCAACUUCUGUAUGCUGCAAAAAUAGUUGCUGAGAAAGAAGGUAUCAUUGAUGGAUUUCGUGUUGUCAUCAACAAUGGUCCCAGUGCCUGUCAAUCUGUGUAUCAUCUGCACUUGCAUGUAUUAGGUGGGAGACAGAUGAAUUGGCCACCAGGUUGAAUUCUUGUAAAUUAUAACUUGAAAAUUUCUGAUGAAUCCCAUAGAUAUUUCUCCUCCAAGAGUUGUAAUUUUGUUACCUACGUAUAAAUAAUACAGGAACAAGUAAUCCUACAGUUUUUGGUUAAAUGAUUGUUCAGCAGAAGCUUAUCCGUAAUUAGAUAGAAAU